AUGCUUUUUUAUAUUAUUGUCAUAGGAUUAGAAACAACUCUUGGAUAAAUAUUAAAUACACCUACUUUCUUUAAUUUCAAAGAUCAUAUUUCAACAUUUAUAACAUCAAAAUAUGAAUAAAAUAUAUCAAGUUCUCAUAAUUGCAUGAUUGUGCCAUGCCCAGUUGUUUCAAAGCAAUAAAAUUGCAUGACAAUAAAUCAACUUUCCUUUGGAGGAGAUUGUUAUACAAAACCAAUUUAAUCUAAAUUAAAUUUUACAAGUGAUGAAGAUGUAGUAACUUUGGAAUUUGCUUAUUUUGCUGUUCAUCAUCCAUAAUCAAAAAGCCCAUAUACAGGAAUAGUGAUAGGUUGGACAAAUGAUGAUGAUGAAAUGUAUUGGAUUGCUGCAGAAGAUCUCACUUUAAUAACAACUGGAGUAAAAUAAACAAAUAAAUAUGCCUAAUUUGUUACUAUAAAUAGUCUUGCUGAAAAUACAUGGACAAAAGUAUGUAUAUAUAUUUAUAUUAAUAGGUUAGAGUUCACAUUAGACCAAAUUCAACAAGACCAUUUAGAAUUAUUUUUGAAGCAUUCUCUGAAGCAACUGAUCUUCCAGGCUAAUUUUUAGUUACUAAUAUUUCAAUAUUUGAUAGAGGUAUCUGUUCUGAAGGAUGCAGUAGUUGUUUAUCCUUUUCUGAAUGUACAUCAUGUGAUAAAGGAAGACUUUAUCGAGGGGUUUGUGUAUCUGAUUUUUGCUUUUAUGAUGCUGGUAGUUUAACAGCUAAUAAAAUAUCAGUUGGUUGGAUAUCAGAAUCGAGUUCUUUAUAUGGUAUUGUUUUAAAAAAUGUUAAAAUACGUGAAUGUCAUAUGGUGAAAUUCGUAAUGAACAAAGCCGAAAGUUAUUUUAUUGAUGGGUCAAAUCCAAACUUAUCUCUUUAUUAAUAUGGAUUUAGAAUUUUUGAAAAUACUUUAAAAACUGCUGGUUGUUAAUUUUCAGAAAACCUUCCAAUCUCCAACUAAACUGGAUAUUCAUGUCUUUUUGAAUUUUAUUUAUUUUUAAACAAUACUUCUGUAGAUUUAGUAAAUAUAACAUGGAAUUAAGAAUUUUAUUAUCCAAAUGCAAGUCAAAUUCUAGUUGCAAGUGAAAUUUCAUCUGAUUAAAUUGAAUUUGGAGUAUUGUCUUAAUCAAUUUAUAUUGGUGAAGCAUCUACAAAAGUUGAAGGGAAGGUUAUUUUAUGUUAAAGCUCAUCUUGUAGAUCAUUUCACAAUGAACCACAAGUGUUAUAUUUAAAUGAUCCAUUCUAUAUUUUAGUGAUGCUGGAUAACAAAUAUAAGGAUUUUGGAGCAGAUUUCAAAUUUCAAUUAGUUAGUGCUAUUGCUCUAGGAAAUGGCACAUUUAUAAAUUUAAAAAUAAAAAAUGAAUAAGAAAAAAAUAUGACUGCGAUAAUAUAUAAAUUUACUGUGCCAUUUGCUGUUUAAAAUUGCACAAUUUAAAUCACAGCUUAAUUAGUUGAAAGAGAUUUGGAAGAUAAUUAUCCUACAGAUGGUAGAAGAAUAUUAUUAAGAAGGAUUUUAUAAACUACUAAUACAGCAUCCUAAAACUUGAGUUCAGGAUAUUCUGUAUCAGGUAAUAUAUAAGUUGAAAGUAUUGAAAUAUUGCCAUAUUGGAUGGUAUAUCCUAAGGAUGCUCCUUAUAUCAUCAUAGGAGUUUCUGCUGGUUUAGUAUUAAUGGCUAUAAUUUUAUAUUGUGUUUGCUUGACUUUCAAUUAGAGUACAACAACUCUUAAUAGACCUCUCUAAAAUACUAUAAUCAAUAAUUUAACUUUAAUAUACAAUUUUUAAGAGUAAGAAGAAAUAAGAAAAAUGUUUCAAAGUAAUCCAAACAAUAAUUGA